AUGAGUUUAACACAGGAAGAGCUCGAGCACAUCGCUAUGGUACAGCAGCUAGCAGAACAAAGCAGCUUCGAUUCUGAGUUUGCAAAUCGUCCAGCUACCACGAACGAUGUAGUGGAGAAGUCCUCUGCUGAUGGCAACACACUGAAAGUUCGUGAUUUUAAAGCGGGCGAAUAUGGGCAGAGAAGUGUUGAUAAAAUCAGGUACGAAGCCGACGAAAACGAAUUGAUAGCGGAUACGAGACUAAAAGUCAGCGGUGAUUAUAAACUCAAGGAGACGGAGGAUGUGGAGAUGGUGGACAUUAAGACAGAGAAUCGACCAUUUGCCUCAACGGACACCAAAAACCAGAAAGAACAACUGUCUGAUACGCAAGCGAGGGUAGAGACACCGAGGUCAACGCCUACCUCAGGAACUGGCCUCACUCCGUACCUAGACUCAUCCUACAUAGAGCCCGGCAAGGAAAGCAGUACUUUUGUUCCAGAUAAUGAAACCCAGUUAAUGGAACUAAGACAGGAAGAGCUCGAACACAUCGCUAUGGUAGAGAAGUGGGCAGCUCAAAGCAGCUUUGAAUUUCAGUUUGCAAAUCCUGGAAGUGGUGUAGAUUGUGUAGCGUGGAGGUCUCCAGGGAUGAACAACACGUUGAACUUUCCUAUCUUGGUUACGCGGAAAACGCGUGAAUAUGAGGUGUCGAUAAAAGGUAAAAUGGAGGGCAUGCAAAGCAAAGAGUUUGCCGAUUCGGUAUUUGACGGCACCACUGAGACGAAACUGGAUCAGGCCGAAGGAGUGGGGAGAAAAAUGACAGAGGGAGAGAAACAACCGUUCAACCUGAGGGACACCAAAGAGAAGGAAGAGAAGGAAUGCAAUGCGCAGCCCUUUGUAGAGACACCGAGCUCAAAACCUUUAUUCGGAGCGGACGAUAGUAGUGAUAAAGACGAGCCAUACGGUGAGCCUGAUCAGGAAGCCGCUCAUGACGAUGAAAUCGAUAGAUCUCGCGAAAUGGAAUUGACACAGGAGGAGCUCGAGUAUAUCGCUAUGGUACAGCAGCUGGCAACCCAAGGAAGCUUCAAAUAUCUCCUUGGAAGAGGUGCGGAUUUGAGAAAAGACGUGGUGUGGAAUUCUCCACGAAUGAGUGACACGGUGAUCUUGCCUGACUCGGCUAUGGGGAAAAAGACUGAACAUGAGCAGAGAACGAUAUGUAACAACGGAUGGGGAACGUUGGAGAACUUAAAGCUUGUGUGUUCAGUACCCAUCGAAGCUGGUGGAAAUAAAGUGGGUCAGAUCAAAGAUGUAGAAGUAGUGGAAAGGGAGGAAGCCAGGCAACCGUUUGCCUCGCUGGAAACGAACGACCAGCAGGAGAAACGAGCAAAUGGGCAGCCCGUGGUAGGUAAUUUGGAAGCGGAUGAGUUCCACAACGAGUUGAGUUGUCCUGUUUGCUCAGAACAAGAGUUGUCUAAUGUGACUAAGAGAAUUAUGAGUACAGCCGUUUUUUCUAAAACGGUGAAUCGAGAUAUUACUGAAAACGAUUUGAAAGUACAUCCAACUUCCCAUUCUGAAAGUCCGAUGCGUGGAGAAAAGCAAGAACGACGAUUAGCUGCCCUCGUUCAUGUGGAAAUUGGCCAGGUUGGUGAUAGAGAAAAAAUGAAUACACGGCCUGAUACAAGAGCAUGCACUGUUCUGAAUGAUGUUGAGGCUCGGCGGGAAUUUGAUCAAGGAAAAGCUGAGAUAGAAGUUCCAAAUGCGACAUUGGAGUGGAGAAGAGGCGGUAGUGAAUUUGAAGGUAAGUCAUGCGUAUGUUUUGGGAAGUUUAACGUUGAUGAUCCUGUAAAUAAAAAGUUUACUCAACUGAGUCAGGCUGAGGAAGAUGUAGAUUUUUAUAGUAGAUGUAAUAUGAAAAUAAUCAGCGUUUUUGAAACCCUGUUUAGAUCUGCUGUUAGUGGAAAGGAGGGGGUUGUUGAUCAAAGUAGCGCAUGA